UGUGGAUCGUCACAAUCUGUGGCACGGUUUCGCGACAGACAGCUACUAAAGUGCACGUCACUUAAAACUUUUCGAUAUUUAUAUUGAAUGAUUACAAAUGAACGAUAAAUAUUAUAGGUAGUUUUGACGUGUUGUAUGAUUAAACUCUAAAUUGUUGCUAAGAAUAUAGCAAGAUAGUCGCGUGUGUUAUUGUUUAUAAUUUGUUCUUAGUGCAAAUUCUUGAAUGAUUUACGGAGUGACAUUGACAUGUGAUCGCGCGGGAAUUUCGAGUUUAGUUUUGCGAGCGCGGAUCCCGCCGACGGAUAUUCGCGUCAGUGUUUUGUAAAGUUAUGUUAAGUGAAAGUAAACUGUGCAAUGCGGUUGUGUAGGUUUGGUGACGUUGUUCUUGCCAAUACAUGUACGUGCCCUUGUGAGGUUGCCAGCAUCCCAUAUAUGCAGACAAUUCCUAUGUGUUUACUUCCGCGCUAGCGAAGUAUUAACUGCAUUUUUUUAUAAAAAGUUAAGGUCACAAAGUUCAAGAUGCCUUUCACAAUGAACGAGGGUGGCUUCGGGGUUGGGGACUACGUGGUGUUCGGAGUGCUCUGCGCAGUGUCAUGCGCGGGAGGUUUAUGGUACAGCGCCAUUGGGUCCAAGGCCAAGAAGGUCGUAGAUGUGAAGGAUUACCUCCUUGGAGGACGGACGCUGUCUACUUUCCCUGUGGCUAUGUCACUUAUUGCCAGCUACGUCUCCGGAGUGACGAUAUUGGGCACCCCAGCGGAGAUAUACAACUACGGAACACAGUACUGGCUGGUCGUGAUCGGAGUAUCUCUCAGUUGCAUAGCUGUGGUCACCAUAUACCUGCCUGUGUUCUGUACGCUUAGGUUAACUUCGUCUUAUGAGUAUCUAGAGUUAAGAUUCAACAAGAAUGUUCGUGCGUGCGCCUCAGUGUUGUUUUUACUGGACGAGGUUCUUUUCCUGCCGAUGAUCAUAUUUGUGCCAGCAUUAGCGUUUAAUCAAUUGACAGGAUUCAGUGUGUAUGCAGUUGCUGGUUCUAUGGUCACCAUAUGUGGCCUUUAUACAGUAUUAGGUGGACUAAAAGCAGUAGUAUGGACGGAUUCAGUGCAGACCGGCAUUAUGUUCAUAGGAGUGAUCUUAGUGGCCGCCGCCGGGACAAUCGCCGUCGGCGGGAUGAAGGAUGUUAUAGAAAUUGUCAACGAAACUGGACGAUUUGAAUUGUCUAAUUGGAGCUUCUCCCCGUUCGAGCGUCAAACCGGCUGGGGUGCAGUGGUCGGAGGCUUCUUAUACUGGACUUGCUUUAACUCCGUCAAUCAGACCAUGGUGCAGAGGUACAUGUCUCUACCCACCAAGAGGAAAGCUAUUACAGCCAUAUUCAUAUUCUGCAUCGGUGCGAUCCUGGCCAUCUCUCUCUGCGUAUGGUGUGGCCUAGCCGCUUGGGCCACCUGGGUGCAAGGAGGUUGCGACCCUGGUGGCGUGCCUCUGGUAGAUGACAGGCUACUGCCAGCCUUUGUCACGUAUGUGUCGAGGGCUAAGCAUCUGCCUGGACUCCCUGGGGUGUUCUUGGCUGGGGUGUUUGGUGCUGGACUUAGUUCACUUUCAGCAGUGCUAAACGCGUGUGCUCUCGUGGUGGUAGAAGACAUAGUGCGUGGCUGGCUCAAGCUUCAACUCAAGCCGUUCACUGAGGGCAUUCUGGCGCGCGUGGUGACCGCUACCCUGGCCAUCGUGUCCGUUGUCAUGCUGUUCGUUAUUGAGAAGCUGGGAGGAGUUCUUGGUGUAGCAACAGCUUUAUCCGCCAUCGCAGCGAGCGCCACAUGCGGGGUGUUCACUCUCGGCAUGGCGUGCUGGUGGGUGGGCCCCCGGGGUGCUCUAGCCGGGGCCGUGGCGGGGGCCCUGCUGGCCGGCACCGUGUCGCUCGGGACCCAGGCCGCAGCUGCACAAGGGUUGAGAGCACCACCACUCAAUAUUACGAUGGAUUGCGCUAGAAACGCGUCUUAUGUGGGACUUGUUGAUGCUAUUGACCCCGAAACAAUAUUCCCACUCUUCCGCAUAUCCUACCACUGGAUAGCCCCACUAGGUCUCAUCGCCACCAUGUCAGUCGGCAUGAUAGUAGGCUACUUCUUCGACAAGAAGGACUCUCUGAAGAUGGAUGCCGAGUUGUUCACCCCUGGCGUGUGGAGGUAUCUUCCUCAGGAGGCCAUAGAAAGAGCGGGGGAUACGAGGAGAGCGAUAGCGGAUAGAGAUGCGCCUGCACAUGCAGCGCCCUUAAUACUCGCUACUAUUGAUAAGAUUGAAAUAAAUGGUGAACCCAGUAGGUGAGAUGAGCCACAUUUGUAUACUUUAUUUAUCGUGACGAAGAUAUUGCUCUAGUCACAUAGUGAUUUGCCUAUGAAAAUUAAUAAUUAAUUUAUAUAAUUCGUUUUGAAAAAUAUACAUUUACCGUGAUCGGUUGUGUAAGUGUAUUAAAAAGAACGAUUUAAUAUUAAGUAAAAUUGAUAAAUUUUACUUAUUUAAAUGUAUGUGAAAAUGGGUUGUCUAGCCUUUUAAUGAAGUCAUUCCGUUCGGAAAAAGUGAAAAGUGAAGCGAUUGUUAUAGAUUUGUGGUUACUAUUUGUAAGUGGUUUUAACGAAUGGAAAAUUCUAGAAAAUGGGACCAAGAGACUCUAGCUAUUUAUAGUGUACUAGAUUGUGUGGUAAAUAUUUACACAGCUUGGAAAUAAUUGAAUAUACCCACAGACAUAUUUUUGGAAACAUUGUAUAGGUAAUUUCUGAUUUAAAAAAACAUAUUUACGAAAGUGCGGUUUAUAUUAUAAAAAAUGAUUGUACAGUCAACUUCAGGUCAGUGGUAACAGUUUAAUAGGAAAAUGGUACUUAUUACUAUUGAGUUAAGGUGCAUGACAGUUACCACUGAUGUGCAGUCUACCGUACUUAUGUAUAUCUACUGUAAAUUGUAGACUACGAUAUGUGCCAAUUUUGACAAAAAAUAUAUUUUAUUUAUUGAAGGUGUUACAGAUUACUCUGUGUUACUAAGAUUAGACAAUAAUUUAUUAUGUUUUUAGAAGAAAGUCCUGGUACUGGCUGUUUUUGUACAAUGUAGCGUAUUAAACAGUAGUUUAAGAAUAAUUUUAUUUAAUUAUAUUCUAAUUAUUUCAACUAGUUUAGAUUAUAAAGUACUUAAUUAAAAUGUGACAGUAUUUAAAAUUUAUUUUCAGCAAAACAAAUAAUUUAGUCAAUUUUAUAAUCCGAUUUUGAGGUUUUGUAUCUUCAAAUAUCAUUCGUACAGUAAUAGGAAUUCUACUAUAAUUAUAUAAGCGAUCAUUUUAGAAAAAAAGCACUGUUAUUCAAAGCCUAUUCUAUUUAAAACGUAAAUUGUAAUGGCUCCUCCAUUAGAUUUACGUUGUUUUUUGUUGCUAUAAAAUAUUUUAUGUACCGUAAAAAAUAUUUUUGUUUUACAGAAUAUCCAUUCAUGAAUGUAAAAAUUUCAAUUAUUUUAGAUGGUUGGAUAAAAAACUGCUUUUGCAGGAGAGGAAAAUAAAUUUACGGUUUUAAAGAUCCCAGUUUUUUUUUAAAUUUAUUUUAUAAAAAAAUGUUUAAUGGAGUAAAAGCUACUUUUGAAUGAUGAAGUAGUAUUCUGCUCUACGGUGAAGGUUUUGCGUUAUAGUAUUAUUUAAAAAAGUAUAUUUUUUCGAAUUAAUUUUAUUUCUCCAAUAUGUACAGAUCUUAUAGGUACUUAAUUUUAUAUGUUAAAAUGUUUUAACAAAAUCAUUUUAUAUCAAAUUGAAAUCGACAUCUUCAACUUUAAAUGCACAAUAAUUUUACAAAUAAGUAGUUUUGGUUUACAUGAUUUUCGAUACGAUGAUGAUUUUUAUAUUUUACAAUAAGAUGUACUUAGGUAUUUUUAAAAGGAAUUUUCUUCGGUUUUACAUCAAGCAUCUUUUUGUAAUAAAAAUAUCGUUUCUUUUUGUGACUUAAAAACUGUUUAAACAGUAUUAUCAUUUAAAUAUACAUAUCUCGAAUCACACGACACAAGUUACUUUAAAUAAAAUGUAGGAAGCACAAAGAUUUGUGUUUUUCAUGAACCAACUGAUUUAAGUGGCUACUAACGGCCGUGCCCAAUAUUUUAUGCAGAUGUAUCAUUUGAUUUGCUUACUAGAGAUAGACUUAUAACAUAGCCCCAGACAACUUAUUUCAAAUUCCUAUCUUUAGUAAGCAAAUGCGUGGAUAGUUGGGAACGGACCUUACUUUAUUUUCAGUGUAGUCCAUCAACUUUCUUAUGUAAUAAAUCUAGACCAUUUGAUGGAUUAGUCACAUAUUUCUUUUUUGUAUUUGCAACAAAUAUUGAUAAAUAAUCUUUUGCUUAAGCAAACAUUUUAUAAGUAUUGGCAACGCGACGCUAGACCAGAUUGUACUUAAGAAAUCAAACAACCAGUUGUUGACUGUAUUCAAUGUAUUUAUAAAGUAAGUUCGCUACGCACACAUUCUUAUAAUUUAGUAUCAUUUUCUAAAUACACAACUAUAGGUGUUAAUAGAACAUGUACCUGAAAUCAAUUCAGAUAAUAUUAUAUUUUGUUACUACAUAUUAAUUUUACUUUAGAACAUUGUAAUAAAUAUUUAUGUAUCCAACAACCAUAUUGUUACAAAAUAAAUGUAAUUACAACAAAAA